CACAAGAAACAAUGACGUCAUGAUUCCUUUCUAGACGGCCAUUAGAGAACCUCGUGGGUCUGUUUAUUACAACUUAUAAAUAAGAUUUAAAGAUAUAAGUUGAAAAAAUGAAUCCUGAAAAAUUAAAGUUAUUACAAAAUAAAGCUGAACAAGUUCGUAUUGGAGGCAAGGGUAGUGCCAGACGAAAGCGAAAAGUUCAACAUAGAACUACCAUCACAGAUGAUAAAAAAUUACAGAGUUCCCUGAAAAGACUGGGUGUUAAUUCCAUACCUGGCAUCGAAGAGGUUAAUAUGAUCAAAGAAGAUGGUCAAGUAAUCCAUUUUAAUAAUCCAAAAGUUCAAGCAUCAUUAGCUGCCAACACCUUCGCAGUCACUGGACAUGCUGAAAUGAAACAAAUCGCCGAUAUGUUACCUGGUAUAUUAAACCAAUUAGGAGCUGAGAGUUUGAGUAGUUUAAAAAAAUUAGCAUCAACAGUUGCAGGAGAUACCAAGGGAACAAGUGGGGAUGUUGAUGAUGACGAUGAUGUACCUGAUUUGAUCGAGAAUUUUGAUGAAGCCUCGAAAGGAGAAGGGGAUUAGAUUUGUGCGAAUCUAUAAUCAUGCAUAUUUUUUAUUUUACAAUUAUCUAUUGCGCGUGAUCCUCUGUACAAACUGUUCAAUUCAGCAUGUAAUGGGAAUCUUCUGCCUGUUUUAUUGGAAGUAAUGAGUUAUCUUUCCAUGUAUACUGCCAUCAGCCCUUAAACAUGUUGAAAUUUUUAGUUCAGCUUCUUUUGGUAAGAACUUAUCAUUGAUGGUUAAAAUUUGAAAUACACACAGAAAGAAACAAAUUUUAGUUUUCUUAUUAUCAAGUACCUGCUAAAAAUUAUUUAUCAUUAUCUGAAUGUAUUUCAAAUUCUCAUUAUUAAAAAUGUAAUAAAAAUUGAAGUAUAAAACUGUAUUUAUUUUAAUUGGGCAUGCUUAUUUGACUGUUUUUAAGACAAAUUUGAUUUGGAAAUCAAAACAGGGCAUUAUAAUGAUACCACAGUUAAGCGUUGAAUAAAAAAUGGUGUUUCUUAUAGCAUGGAAAAUGCAUAGAAGUAUUGAAGCAAAUGUCAUGUCAUUGUUCUUUCAAUUACAAAAUUUAUUGGUCACUUUUAAAAAGACCAAUGAGUCUUAAGUGUGCAUUGAUAUGAAUUGUGAUGCCAAAACAUAUUGAAUUGGAAAUUCUAAGCCAACACAGCAAAUGCCACUUGGUCCACGGUAAAGAAGCACAAUUCUUAAGAGUCACAUAAUUUGAGCAUUAAUUCAAUAACAAAUCAGAAGCACAUUAUCAAUCGUAAUCUUCACUAUAUAGAUCUUCUGAAUCAAAUUUAAUUUCUUCUAAUAGUUCGUUGAUAUUCUCCAUUACUUCUUGUAUACUGUAAUUAAACAU